UAGGCUUUUUUGUUACUCAACGCCACGUCGUAAUGUCUAAGGUCAAAGGUGCUAUUAUACGCUGUUGAAAUUGACCUAGUGGAUAUAUGCAUGUUUCAUAACUCCACUCGCACGUUACUAGGGAUCAGCUGGGCUCUUCUGGGUGUGUUUUUCUUCGGUAAAGGUCUGUAGCGUCUGGCACUGCCUCUUUGAGCCACAGCCUGGUCCCCUAUAAACAGUCUUCCUCUGCUUCAUUCACCACUUCAAGCAUGUCGCUUCCUCAAAGAAUUGUGUGGUUCAUGGAUGUCCGCACAGUGUUGCUGUGCCUUGUUCUCCUCUUGAUUCUUCGCUGGUUCUUCGGACGACCUAAGAAUCUCCCUCCUGGCCCCUGGGGAUUCCCAAUCGUCGGUUCAAUUCUGGCUAUUGUACUUGAAAUACGACGCGGUGUGCAACCCCACAACCUCUUCAUGAAGUAUGCAGCCAAGUACGGGCCAGUGUUCCAUCUGAAGAUCCUCAACAAGACGGUGGUGGUUCUCAAUGACUACGCCUCCACGAAAGAAGCUUUCCAGUAUCCCCAGCUGAACGACAGACCUCACAUGCUUUUCACUGAACUCUUCAAAAGUGAAGGUGUAGCCAUGGCCUCCGGUGAGCCGUGGAUCGAGCUCCGUCGGUUCUGUCUGACCGUUCUUAGGAGCUUCGGAGUGGGCAAAACAAGUUUCGAGGAGAAGAUCGGAGAGGAAGCUGAGGCACUGAUGAAGGAGAUGUCUUCUUUCAACGGGAAACCCUUUAACCCCAAACCUCUACUCAGCAACGCGACUUCCAACGUCAUCUGCUCCGUAAUUUUCGGGAAACGCUACGACUACAAUAACGAAGAGUUUAAGAAACUUCUGUCCUUAUUUUCAGAAAAUGUCAGGUUAUUCGGAGCUGGUGGUGUUUUUCUUUUCUUCCCAGCCUUACGCCAUCUGCCCUUCGUGUCGUCUAACCAACUGGAAUUGAAUGGGCAGCAAGUGCGGAAAUUCAUAACAACUGUCAUCGACAAUCAUCGAGCUGCAUUCGACUCGGACAAUCUGAACGAUUUCAUUGACGUAUUCUUGAAAGAAAUCAAAAGCAAUGAAGAAAAAGCCAAAGCUGGUGUCAAGCACGGCCAUCUUACUGAACACAGUUUUGUGGGAACUGUAGCCAAUCUUUUCGCGGCAGGGACAGAGACCACCGCCACUACCCUCCAGUGGGCCCUCCUGUACAUGGCUGUCUAUCCCAAGAUCCAGAAGCAAGUCCAGGCCGAGAUCGACGACGUGGUCGGUCGAAACCGCCUGCCCAGGAUGGCUGACAAAUCGCAACUGAACUUCACCCAAGCGGUUAUCUGGGAGGUGCAGCGACUGACUAUCGUCGCUCCUUUGGGAGUUGCACAUGCUGCCGCCUCCGAUACCCAAUUGAGGGGGUUCACGAUUCCUAAAGGUGCAUUGCUGGUUCCAAACCUAUGGGCGGUCUCCCACGACUCCAAUGUCUGGCCAGAACCCGAUCAAUUCAAACCCGAGAGAUUCCUGAAUGACCAGGGAGAGGCUGCUAAGGUAGACGAGUUGAUACCGUUUAGCGUUGGUCGUCGUAGCUGCAUCGGUGAACACCUGGCAAAGAUGGAGCUGGUGAUCUUCUUCAGCUACCUCAUGCAUCAGUUUACCUUCAAGAAACCAGACAACUCACUACCGCUGUCUCUGAAGGGAAGAGGUGGCUUCACCAACUCGCCUGUAGAAUAUGACAUUUGUGUUUGUAAGCGUGAUUAAGCAGCAACUCAGAAGAGCUUUUAUUUCAGUCAGUACUAAUUGAUAAUAUCUCACUAUCGGAUAUCAGUUACUCUUUUCACACGAGUGCACUCUGUUCUGUGAUUGGUUCUUCAUUUUGUACGUAGCAUUAUCACUUAUUGUUUUGAUUUUCUCAAGUAGUCAAACUGGUCAUUCUUCAAUUUUGAUAGCCAAUAGAAAACUAACAGACAGAGUCUGAAAGUCUGACGAUUUUGACGAGUGGAGACUGUGUAUUAAUAGUGCAAGCCAGUAUUCCCAACCAUACUUAUUACUUGUAUUUAUAGACGUAUAACUUGAAGAAUCCUGAAAUUAGGUUGGUCAUUGCCAGUGCUAAUUCAGUUAGGUUAAAUGUUGCGCUUUACGCUACGAAAGAAUCUCUAAAACUCGUUACUGGCAGGAAGCUGCAUAAUCUUGCUUGUAUAAUGCCCAUGAAUAUGUUACCUUUUCGGUAGAACAAAUGCCUCAUUUUCGGGACAGGGCGGUGAUUAAAAGUCAUGAGGUCUUUGUUGUUUUAGGAGCUGAAAAGUUGUACGGACACCACAUUGUUUGAAUGAUAGUAAUGGUUUCGGGGUUUCGCCGAGAGAUAUCUAGGCCUAAGAAAUGAUACAAAAAAUUUUAUGCAUUGAGAUAUUAGAUUUUAAGACUUCUUUUCACAUUGAUCUUUUCUUUUCCUUUGGCAUUUUAAAACAGAUACCAAACUGCCAUGUGAUUGCGUAGAGAAAGACAAACCACGUGUAUUUGGUGAAAUACAUGUUAAUUAAAAAGAACAAAUAGGCUUCUCCCAGGAUUGCCACAUAAAGUAGUAUAUACAUGCAAAGAAACGACGAAUUGAACUAUUUCCUAUGAGCACUUGUAAGUACAUUGCACUCAGUCCCUAGAAAGUUUAUUAAUACAUAGAGCAGCAGUUUGGGGUCGGCACCGGGUGCAAAAAGAAGGAUGAUUUCUUUAAGGAAGAUUGGAAAUCGAACCAAAAUAAAGAAAUGUAAACAGGAAAAACUGAAGAUAUUAACUGAUGAAA